GAGCUCAUGGAAGAGUUCAGAUUUGGUCAGCAGCAACUUAUUGAGAUUUGGGGCCACGCUUGUGCCAUGGCGGUCACUAAGGUUUUCCCCCGGAGGUCCCUCCCGAAAAAGCAGCCCACGCUUCUGGUGGUCUGUGGCUGUGAACAGAACGGCGCCAUUGGCUUGGCCUGCGCCCGGCACCUGCGUGUUUUCGAAUACGAGCCCACCAUCUUUUACCCGAAACGGUCCUCAAAUCCCCUUUACCGAGACUUCACCACCCAAUGCGAGAAAAUGGAUAUUCCCUUUCUUUCCUACUUACCCACAGAG